AUGUCUUCGGAGCAGAUGAUGGAAACAGAGCCCCAGGACUUGGCUGCCCAGAAAAGAAAGGCCUCCUCCUCGCCGUCCCCAGACGAUGGUGUAGCUGCUAAGCGCACCAAACUAGAGGACGAAAAUGGCCGGGACAAAAUCAGUGAAACCGUUGAAGGGGAACCGAAGCCGGAAACUGGGAAGACGGAGGAAACCGUAAAGGACUCGACGGAGGAGCCAGUCGGCACUACAGGGGAGGAUCGCGUCUCGUCACAUACCAAGGAGGAUGAUCACCCGGAGGAGAAGGAGACUAUGGUACGCGCCGACGAGACCACGGCUCACAGCCCAGUCACUGCUACGAGGGAGUCAGACGCGCAAAGGGAAUCAUCGUCUCGAAAGGCAGCAGUUAGCCCCGAACAAUCGCGGAAGAAUGUCAGCAUGGAGGAGAAGAAACGGGGUCGGCGCUUGUUCGGUGGCCUUCUUAACACGCUAAGUCAGACCACGCCCAACAAAGCACAACAAAACAGGAGAAAGGAAAUCGAACGCCGCCAGCAUGAACGAGUGCAGCAGCAGAGAGUCGAGGAUGAUAGGCGCAGAACCGACCUGCUUGCUGAGCGCAGACGCUUCCGGGACGCUAAGCAGGUGGACUUUGAAGAGCGAAUGAUGCACCGGCGGCAUGAAAAGAUGCUUAUUUUGGCUCACAGCUUACGAACCGUCAGCGAGCCUGUAGUUUACUACAAGCCAUGGGAGCUUACCAAAGAACAAGAGCGCAUCAUCGAUGAGCAAAUCCGCGAAGCCGAGGAAACCGUCGCCAAGGAGGUGCGCCAGUUCGAAAUUAAACACGGGCGGCCGCCAAAGAUCGAGGCCAAGGUCCAACCAAAGGCCGAGAUCCCACCACCAUCAACCCAUGAUGACGAGGUCAUGAAAGAACAAGAUCAAGUUGGUGAGCAGCCUAACAAGUCUUCAGAAGAUGCUAACCAUGAUGUUGUUCCGUCAUUGUCAUCGGACGGUAUGCCGCCACCAGCAGCAACAGAAGCAGCAGCCCCCCCGAGCACAAGCACGGGCGAUGACAAGGGCGUUACUGCCGCUAGCAUUGAUACUACCGCUCAUGACCAGGACCAUGAUGGAGACGAGAUGAUACAGGACGGGGAGGAUAUGGUCAUAUACUAG